AUGGGAAGAUGCAACAUGUUCCCUUGGAGUUAUAUUUCAAGAAAAACAGAUAUCAGCAACAUAGACUGGUGCAACUAUGUUUUGGAUUGUCUCGUUAGAACAAAGAACUCAUACAUACCAUACUCAGAUAACAACUAUUUUGUUGGACCUUCGACUUUCUUGGUGUUGUUAUAUGCUGAUAAAAUCCACUCGGAAGCUCUAACGAUAACACGUAGAUUUGGCAUUGGAGAAUUAAAUGAAGAAUUUGUUAAUGAACAAGAUGAAGGAGAUACAGAUUUGGAAGACAGUGAUUGUGAUAAAGAUGAAGAAGAUUAUGUUGAGGCAUAUGAAUCAAAAUUAUCAAAAAUGUUUAAUAGUUUUGAGAUGACGAAGGAAAAGCUGAAUUCAAAGCUCAAUGAUGCAAUAACAAAGUUCCCUAAAAAGGAAAGUUUUAGGAUUUUCAAAGAAAAUAUGACAAAUAUAAUUGUUGAAGAAAAAACUGAAAGCACAAAUUUUUUUGAAUUUCCAAGUAAUGAAGCUGGACUUGAAGGUAUCAAUUUGACACCAGUAAUGGGUCAAAAAACAAAUGAUGAAAAAGAGAAUGAAGAUAAAGAGGGAAAUGGUGAAGAAGACAAUGAUAAUGAUGGAAGUUAA